AGAAAGCUUCACGCUCGGAUUGACUCGACUUCGACUGAAUCCAGUGCGUGAGACGCUUGUGUACUAUCGCUCCUCUAUCUCAAGCACAUCUGAAAAGUAGGACUGUGAGUAGUCAUGCCUACCGUGGCCGUGGACAAGGAGGACCUGUGGAAGAGGCUGGGACGGGAGUAUUCUGCCGAUGAUUUCGACAAACUCUUGUUCGAGUUUGGCCUUGAGCUUGACGAGGAUACAACUGAGGAAGUGGAGGCCGCGAGGAGGAAGGGAUUGCCCGCAGAGCGUCCGCAACUCAAAAUAGAAAUCCCUGCAAACAGAUACGAUCUCCUUUGCAUCGAAGGCAUCGCUCGCGCACUACGGGUAUUCCUUGGACUUGACAAGGCUCCUCAAUACAAGCUGGUGUAUCCAACAGGAGGGGAGUCAGAUCUCUUGACGGUCACAGUCGCCCCUGAGACGAAGCGAAUCCGACCAUACUUUGCAUGCGCCGUCCUGCGCAAUGUUCACUUCACUCAACUAUCCUAUGACUCUUUCAUUGACCUCCAAGACAAGCUGCACCAGAAUCUAUGUAGAAGACGUCAAUUUGUCGCGAUCGGUACGCACGACCUGGACACACUGAAGCCGCCGUUCAGAUAUGAAGCACGGCCGCCGAAGGACAUCAAGUUUGUUCCUCUAAACAAGGAUCAAGCAUACACUGCAGAGGAGCUCAUGACGGUGUACGAGUCAGAAAAGCAUCUGUCGCGGUACUUGCCUAUCAUCCGCGACUCACCUGUGUACCCGAUCAUCUACGACACACACGACACAGUGCUUUCGAUGCCUCCCAUCAUCAACUCGGACCACAGCAAGAUUACCAUGAACACGCGUAAUAUCUUCAUUGAUAUCACCGCGACGGAUGAGACGAAGCUUGCAAUCGUCGCAAACAUCAUUACGACGAUGUUCUCAGAAUACUGCUCUGAGCCCUUCGCCAUCGAGCCGUGCAAGGUCGUCUACCCUGAUGGCACCACCCGCAUUACCCCCGACCUCACUUACCGCCCCGCGACCGCUCACGCCUCUUACGUCAACUCAUGUACCGGGCUGAACCUGAGCGCAAAGGAGGUUGCGGGGCUCCUUGAGCGCAUGACCCUCUCUGCGACGCUCUCCACGGAGAACUCGGACGAGGUCAUCGUGCAAAUCCCGCCCACGCGGCCAGACAUCCUGCACGAGUGCGACAUCAUGGAGGAUGCCGCCAUCGCGUAUGGCUUCAACAAGCUGCCAGAUACCUUCCCUGCCACGAGCACGGUGGCGCAGCCGCUAGCCAUCAGCAAACUCAGCGACAUCGUCCGCAUCGAGUGGGCGCUCGCGGGCUGGGUGGAGGCCCUCCCUCUCAUCUUGUGCUCACAUGAAGAGAACUUCGCGUGGCUCAACCGCAAAGACGACGGCACGCAGGCCGUGCGGAUCGCGAACCCGAAGACGCUCGAGUUCCAGGUCGUGCGCACGUCGCUGCUGCAGGGCCUGCUCAAGACGAUCCGCGAGAACCGCUCGCACCCGCUCCCGAUCAAGGUGUUCGAGACCGCCGACGUCGUCUUCAAGGACAAGACGCGCGAGCGCCAGGCGCGCAACGUCCGCCACGCCGCGGCGGUCUGGUGCAACAAGACCGCGGGCUUCGAGGUCAUCCACGGCUUGCUGGAUAGGAUCAUGCGCAUGUUGGAGGUGCCGAGGAUCGCGAGCACAGACACGAAGGCGGAGACCGGGUACUACAUCAAGGAGAGGCAGGACCCCACUUUCUUCCCCGGCCGUGCUGCCACGAUCUACUACCGCGCUCCUCCCAAGGAGAGGCACACCAGUGCGCUCGCGCACCUGAAGAGCAGCAUCAAGGCUGCAGUCGGCUCGCCCAACGACCAGGAGAUCGGCGUCCUCGGCAUUCUGCACCCGACCGUGCUCGAGAACUUCGAGAUCCCCUUCCCGUGCUCCGCUGUCGAGUUCACUCUCGAGCCGUUCAAGGGCGAGAUGCAGGCCGUCUGGACGAACUCAGACUGAGCAUCAUCAACGGAGUGGGGUAUGCAGAAUGACACCGCUGAACUGUAGAAUUGGAGAAGCGUUGCAGUGUAUCCAAC